CAGGCUGGACCCCUGCAGGAACAGAGCCCACCAGCCUGAACUUCUUCGGAGGUGGAGAGGGGACAGGCGCCUGUCUCUUUUUGGCUGAAGGUGUAUCGUGUCCAAGGCCCCACUUCUAGCCAAGCAGAAAAGCCGUGUGAUAAAGAUGGGUGAGAGUGAGUGAUGAACCCAGGGGUCCCGGCCUCCCGGCUCCUCACUCCUCUGCAUGUAACUUUAUCUGACCAAUGCCGAGAACAUUGCUGGUGAGGUCAGAUACACUAAUGAUCAGAAUCACAACAGUAAUGAAACUGCCAGUGAUGAAACUGAUAAGAUAAGACAAUAAUCAGGGUGGGGUUUCUCGUGUCAUUUCCAAGACUUCAUCCUCAAAUACUCUCCCUGAGGGUCCCCACCCUGUCCUCCCACCUAAGCCUGGAAUGAGGAAGCACUGGCCUGUGGGGACCCCGGUCUUCAGGCUCCCAAGCCUGGCUGGGUCUGGCUGCCCCUGACCUGGCCCUGUGAACACCCAGGUGUCCCUGGGUUAUGACUCAGUGUCUGUCUGCUGGCUGAUCUCAACACGGGCUUUGAGGAAGGGGAGAGGGUAGUUUCUGAGACAGGAUAGUGACUCAGGGGCCCAGGGUUGGGGCCUCAAAAGUGCCUUUGUUGGCCAGGGUUCAGGAAUCCAGAGAAACUGGUCAAGGGGAGGCCCCAGUGAGGAAAACCCCUCCCUCUGCCCCCGCCCCUCCACCAGAGCCAUAUAACUGCUCAACCCGUCCGGGAGAGAGAGCGCACUGGCAGCUGUUGGCAGGAAGGAACUGGUCUGCUCACACCUGCUGGGUUGUGCAUCAGGACUCUCGGAGCAAAGGAGCUCUCUGCGAAGGUCAAGGCCGUCCCCAGCGCUUGGAAUCCUACAGUCCCCACAGCCGGAUCCCUGCAGACUUCCAGGUCCUCGACCUCCGCGCACGCUGAGCGAUGGCCUCCAUGGGGCUGCAGGUGGCGGGCAUCGCGCUGGCCGUGCUGGGCUGGCUGGCUGCCAUGCUGUGCUGCGCGCUGCCCAUGUGGCGCGUGACGGCCUUCAUCGGCAGCAGCAUCGUCACGUCGCAGACCAUCUGGGAGGGCCUGUGGAUGAACUGCGUGGUGCAGAGCACCGGCCAGAUGCAGUGCAAGGUGUACGACUCGCUGCUGGCGCUGCCGCAGGACCUGCAGGCGGCCCGCGCCCUGGUCAUCAUCUGCAUCAUCGUGGCCGCGCUGGGCGUGCUGCUGUCCGUGGUGGGCGGCAAGUGCACCAACUGCCUGGAGGACGAGAGCGCCAAGGCCAAGACCAUGAUCGUGGCGGGCGUGGUGUUCCUGCUGGCCGGCCUGCUGGUGAUAGUGCCCACGUCCUGGACGGCCCACAACAUCAUCCAAGACUUCUACAACCCUCUGGUGGCCUCCGGGCAGAAGCGGGAGAUGGGCGCCUCCCUCUACAUCGGCUGGGCCGCCUCGGGCCUCCUGCUGCUUGGCGGGGGGCUGCUCUGCUGUAACUGCCCACCCCGCACAGACAAGCCUUACUCCGCCAAGUAUUCUGCCGCCCGCUCUGCCGCCACCAGCAACUACGUGUAAGGUGCCACGGCUCCGCUCUGUCCCUCUUGCCUUUGUUCUUCCCUGGACUGAGCUCAGCGCAGGCUGUGACCCCAGGAGGGCCCUGCCGUGGGCCACUGGCUGCUGGGGGCUGGGGACUGGGCAAACAGAGACUGAGCUAGGUAGGAGGGCAGCAGCCUUCAACCUCUCCGGCCCACUCGGACACCUUCCCAAGGCCACCUCCUGCUAACAAAGACAGAUGCCACCCUGCUCCGUAUAUUGCGGAGGGACGGAGGUGACAGGGUGUGGUGGUAGAAUGGGGAGCUGGCUCCUGCUGGCCACUUUGGGCUUCGCCCGCAUCGGCGUUGGCCACUGUCCUCAUUGACAGCUUCCCCACCCUGUCUGCCUGCAUCUCCCGACACUCCAGCUCUCUCCCUGGUGUCUCCUCUGUUCCGGGGCAGGCCUUGAUGUCACCUCUGAGACUGUGGCUUGCUCACCCAAACCCGCACCCAGGAGUACGGCUGAGGCCUCGCCACCCACCUGCCUGGGCAGUGCAGAGUGGAUGGACGGGUUUGGAGGGGAGCGGUGAAGGCAAUGUAAACAGGUUUGGGCAGUGGUGGGGGAGGGGGCCCAGCUCUGCGGCCUCAGGACUCUGCUUCACCCGCUUCAGCCCAGGGCCCCUGGGCCUCUAGAGACUCCCCUCUGAGUCCUCUGCCCUGCCAAGGACACUAACCAGCCUGGGAGGGUGGCAGGGAGGAGGGGACGGCUUUACCCUCAGAAGUCCCAGGGUUUUUCCUCCACCUUCUUUGUCUUUUCUGUUUUGUAAUUUAAGAAGAUCUAUUCACCACUGUAAUUAUUAUUAUUUUCUACAAUAAACGGGACCUGUGCACAGGAAUAA